CACACACACACACACACACACACACACUGGGCUGCCUGUGGCGGCGCGUGACCGAAGACGAGCGAGGAAGAAGCCGAAGACAAGGAUGGAGUCCGAGGAGAACGUGGUCCAGUCCUUCCUGCUGCUGCUGCUGCUGGCCGCCUCCUUCACUCUGGUGGGCCCGGCGGCCCCCCGGGACCAGGAGCGGGCCCAGGAGGACCAGUGGCACGUGUUCAGCUCCGCCCAGGACGCGGCGGGCCGCUGCGUGUGCACGGUGGUGACCCCGCAGGACGGCCUGUGCUCCAGGGACACCCGCGGCAAGCAAGUGCGACACCUGCUGGAGAAGGUGCAGAACAUGAGCCGGUCCAUCGAAGUCCUGGACCAGCGCACGCGGCGAGACCUGCAGAUGGUGGAGAAGAUGGAGGCGGAGCUAAAGGGCUUGGAGAAUAAGUUCAAGCAGGUGGAGGAGGGGCAUGAGAGCAACGCGGCCCGGCAGUACCAGUCCAUCAAGGUGAAGAUGGAGGAGCUGCGGCCGCUCAUCCCGCUGCUGGAGGCCUACAAGGCGGACGCCCUGCUGGUCAGACGCUUCAAGGAGGAGGCGGCCAACGUGACGGCGCUGCUGCAGGACCAGCUGGGAGCCCUGGACUACCAGGACCUGCACGGCCGCGUGGCGAGCCUGGAGGAGCGGCUGAGGGCCUGCAUGCAGCGGCUAGCUUGCGGGAAGCUGACCAGGAUCGCAGAGCCGGUCACCAUCAAGACCUCGGGGUCCAGGUUCGGCUCGUGGAUGACGGACCCGCUGGCGCCGGCAGGGGACAACCGAGUGUGGUACAUGGACGGUUACCAUAACAACCGCUUCGUCCGGGAGUACAAGUCCGUGCAGGACUUCAUGACGAGCGACAACUUCACCUCGCACCGCCUGCCCCACCCCUGGUCCGGGACGGGUCAGGUGGUCUACAACGGCUCGCUGUUCUUCAACAAGUUCCAGAGUCACACGCUGAUCAAGUUCGACUUGAGGUCGUCGCUCAUCAGCCGCUCGCGCCAGCUGGACUUCGCCGGCUACAACAACAUGUACCACUACUCCUGGGGGGGGCACUCCGACAUCGACCUGAUGGUGGACGAGGGCGGGCUGUGGGCCGUCUACGCCACCAAUCAGAACGCGGGGAACAUCGUGCUCAGCCAGCUGGACCCCGACAGUCUGCAGGUGGUCCGCAGCUGGACCACCAACCAUCCCAAGCGCAGCGCCGGCGAGGCCUUCAUGAUCUGCGGGACUUUGUACGUCACCAACGGCUACUCGGGCGCCACCAAGGUGUACUACGCCUUCGCCACCAACUCCUCCACCUACGAGUACAUCGACGUCCCCCUCGGCAACACCUACGGUCACCUGUCCAUGCUGGACUACAACCCCCGAGACCGGGCGCUCUACGCCUGGAACAAUGGCCGCCAGGUCCUCUACAACGUCACGCUCUACCACAUCAUACAGUGACACGCUGUGAUGUCAUCAUCACGUCACGCUCUACCACAUCAUACAGUGACACGCUAUGACGUCAUUGUGUCACGCUCUACCACAUCAUACAGUGACACGCUAUGAUGUCAUCAUCACGUCACGCUCUACCACAUCAUACAGUGACACGCUAUGAUGUCAUCGUCACAUCACGCUCUACCACAUCAUACAGUGACACGCUAUGAUGUCAUCGUCACAUCACGCUCUACCACAUCAUACAGUGACACGCUGUGAUGUCAUCGUCACAUCACGCUUUACCACAUCCUACAGUGACACGCUAUGACGUCAUUGUCACGUCACGCUGUACCACAUCAUACAGUGACACGCUAUGACGUCAUUGUGUCACACUCUACCACAUCAUACAGUGACACGCUGUGAUGUCAUCAUCGCGUCACGCUCUACCACAUCAUACAGUGACGCGCUAUGAUGUCAUCACGUCACGCUCUACCACAUCAUACAGUGACACGCUGUGACAUUGUGUCACGCUCUACCACAUCAUACAGUGACACGCUGUGAUGUCAUCGUCAUGUCACGCUCUACCACAUCAUACAGUGACACGCUAUGAUGUCAUCACGUCACGCUCUACCACAUCAUAGUGACACGCUAUGAUGUCAUCAUCACGUCACACUCUACCACAUCAUACAGUGACACGCUAUGAUGUCAUCAUCACGUCACACCCUACCACACCAGUGACACGAUGUAAUGUCAUCAUCACGCUGUACCACAUCAUACAAUGACACGCGAUGAUGUCAUCACCACGUCACACUCUACCACAUCAUACAGUGACAUGCUAUGAUGUCAUCGUCACGUCACACUCUACCAAAACAUACACUGAAACGCUAUGACGUCAUCAUCACGUCACACUCUACCACAUCAUAGUGACAUGCUAUGAUGUCAUCAUCAUGUCACACUCUACCACAUCAUACAGUGAUAUUCUAUGAUGUCCUCGUCACGUCACACUCUACCACAUCAUACACUGAAACGCUAUGACGUCAUCGUCACGUCACACUCUACCACAUCAUAGUGACAUGCUAUGAUGUCAUCAUCACGUCACGCUCUACCACAUCAUACAGUGACACGCUGUGAUGUCAUCGUCGUGUCACGCUCUACCACAUUACACAGUGACAUGCUAUGAGGUCAUCAUCGUGUCUCGCUCUACCACAUCAAAGUUACAUGGUAUGAUGUCAUGAUCACGUCACAGCAUCACCAUGUCACGCUCUACCACAUUGUACAUUGGCGCAUUAUAAUGUUAUCAUCACAGCACACUCUAACACAACAUAGAGCGUCAUGCUAUGACGUCAUCGGCACGUCACGCUCUACCACAUCAUCGCGUCAUGACAUCAUCACGCCACGCUCUACCACGAUACACGCUCUGACGCCUGCCCUUGCACACCAUAUAGGGAGAUAUUAUGAUGUCGUCACUACGUCACGGCAUCCACUUGUGACGUGAUUGCGUCACGCUCUAACACAUCGCAUUUUAGCCCACGGUCACAUGACUCUGUGACAUUCCAUAAACAUUUAGUGAGAUUUUUGUACACAUUACGGUCACGUGACUGGGUGGUGUCACGUGCGUGAAGUUAGCACUAAAAGUGUGUGUGUGUGUGUGCGCGUGCGCGUGUGUGUGUGUGAAAUAACGACUAGCUAGCAGCAAUACAAAUGUUUCCAAUUGAAUCUUUUGCGAACAACGCUAGACCUGCCAAGGUCACGUGUUCAUUCAGGAAGUACUUAUAUGGUCAUUGUUAGUGUAAGCAACGAUUUAUAACUUAUUCUCUUAGUGACAACUCUUUUUCUAUUCGACUUGUCAGCUGAAAAGUGCGUGGAAUAAAGUUCAAUAAUCAACUUGAUGGACUAGUUUCGUACAAAAAAAAACCCCGUCAAAUCUCAGGUUCGUGUUUUUUAACGUCUUUAUUGUAAAGUCAUCAAAGAGACAAUAAAAGUAGAAUAUGAGACAAAAGCUA